AUGGCGAAUUACAGCAUCGAGAAGACGCAACAUGGGCCGGCGCAAGGUGACGCAACGCAGGCCAGCGUGAGGCGUGGUGUAGGCGGUGCAGUGCGAGGGUGUAGGUGGCCUCGGUUGCAAAGCCGGCCUACACGCCUCCCAUCCCCUUUGAUUUGGGGGAUUUCCUGUGCGGCAUCAUGGAGCACUCCGAUGGUCGAAUCCUCAUGGAGGACAACUCCUAGUGGGAGCAUGGCUCAUCCUAGCGGCUUGAAGGCAAAGCAAAGGAGGCGGCCCCGGCCCCGGCCGGCGGUGACCGAGAGGCGGCUUUGCCUGGAGGACGGCCGCGGGCGCGUCUCGCCGAUCCGGGAAGUCGACGCGGAGACCAAGCCGUCGCGGCCGAGCUGCUCGGAUUCUGACAGGGCAAGCGACGCCUGCAUCCUGGCCGUCGAAGUCGAAGAAAAAGAAAGCAGCGGCGGCGUCCUCGACGAAUCAAGCAACCCGAAGGCAAAGGCAAAGAAGAAAUCCUGGAAGAAGCUGCUCGCGGCCAGCGCCAAGAAGCUGCACAGAGGACGGAGGAGUAAGGAGGCUGGUUCGUCAGGUUCCUCUUUCCGCAGCGAGGGCGACCGAGCGGACGAUGCCACGGCGCGCGGCGGUGGCAAUGCCAAGGCGGCGGAUUCCUCGGGCUCCCGCCGUGUCUCCGCCGGUCAAACCGGUGUCGCCGCGGAGGACGACGCCGCUGCCAAAGAGGCGGAUUCUUCGAGGGGUUCUCGCCGCAGCCAAGGCGUAGAAGCAGAUGCUGCCGCGCCCGUAGAAAUCGAUGCGUCGGUGGACGACCUCAUCGAGGAGGAAGAGGAAGAGGAGCAAGCAGGGAUCCGGUUCCCUGCUCUAGUUCUUGUCGCCAUCGUCCUCAUCGGCCUGGUCGACGGGAAGCUCCUGGCCCUGGAGCUCACGGUGCUCUGCGCCGCGUUCCUUAGCUCGGUUCAGAGAUCGCCUUGCGGCGGCGGUGGCGGUUGCUCGCAGGGGAGGCGGUUGGAGCUUUCCAUGCCCUAG